CUGUUUGUCUGUGACUCACAGAGCAGAUUAAAAAAAGUUAACAGAAGGUCUGACUCUUAAGGGAGCUGUUUUAAGGAUGGCUGGAGUUUGGCAGUGCUUGUUGGCGACUUUAGCGUUGAUGUGUGUGUGUUUAUGGGGUGUCAGCGAGGCUGUAGGCGGGGCAGCGAGUCGACCGCGGCCCAAAAGGCCCACAAGGAAACCAAAGGAACCCCCUACUGAAGUGACAACACCAGCACAAGACGUAGACAUCGACCAGAUGACAGGAACAUGGUACCUGCUCAACACGGCCUCCAAAUGCUCCUAUUUGAUCAAUCAUGGGACUAAAGUGGAGCCGACAGUCAUACACAUCACACGUCUGUCUCCCACUGAGCAAACAUUGUCUGUUAGCACUAAAACAAGACAUGGCCACCAGUGUUGGGAAAUUCUUCAGGUCUACAAUCUAACACCAACCCCGGGACGACUCAUACUUAAAGGAGCACGUGCAGAACUGAACACAGACAUAAUCAUCGGGGAGACGGACUACAACUCAUACGCUGUCAUUUACUACCAGAAAAGAGGAAAAAUAACCAUGAAACUCUAUGGUAGGUCUGUUGAUGAGCUGUCGGAGCCGAUGUUGGCCAAGUUCGAGCAGCUCGCAGAGAAACAGAAGUUUGGACUUGCAUACCUCUUUCCAUUUCCCACCUACAGUCACUGUGGUGACGUGGACAAAGAUCACAUCAUUAACUGCAUCCCUACAUGUUGAAGAAUCAGAGAAACGUCCUGAUCCCAACUUCCAGAGAUCAGUGGUUCUUUUUCAACUGUUGAAUAAAUAAUGAAAAACAAAAACA